ACUAAAAAUUUACAUUUAGAAAAUGAGAAUGAUCGAGAGCAGGACAUUACCACUGUUUAUAACUGCGAGCAUUUUUAGACACAAACUGCCCCAUUUUGCUUUAAUUUCUCGAACAUACUGUCAGUUUGACACUGUGUCCGGUUGAGUAUUGGUUAUGGAAGGACAGAAAAGGGUUUCUUUUGGAACAGAGAGCGUGGAAGGAGACGACGAAAGGACGGAAAGCCCCGACGUUAGUCCGAUAGGUAGGCCGCCUGAACACAAGUGGCCACGGACCGUAAGCCAAGGAUCUGCAGCAGGGCAGCGUACCGUUGGCGUUGCAACCAGCGGGGGCAGCAGCACCGAUCGACCGCGUCGUGCACCUCGCACACGGAACAGACCCAACCACAGGCGGAGCAGUAGCGCCAGCGGAUCGGAGACGGGACAAGCGCAAGAAGGCCAAGAGAUGGCGCCAUCCAUCGUGCCCAGUAACAACCACCAAUCGGGGGGAUCACCUCAACAAGUUCAAGAGAACAUCAAGAAUGGAGGAGCUCCUCAUCAAAACAAGGUCGAUGAAAACCUCCGGCGCAGGCGGAGGAAUAAUCGCAAGAGGAACCAUCGGAAGUGGAAACCUUACGCAAGGUUGACCUGGGAAGAAAAGAAGGAGUUGGACGAACUGGAGAGCAAGAGAGCAACCAAGAAACGAGCCAAUCGGCCGACUCCAUACAACACGACACAGUUCCUGAUGGAAGAUCAUAAAGUUGACACACCUGACCUGAGCGCAGGAGGUAAUCACAUUCCAGGGGACUCAUCUGAUGAGCUUUUUGAUGAGAAUGAUGAUAUCCGAGACGGAGAUUUCCUGGAGAGGGAAUUCUCGGCAAUGUACGACGAAGUACAGUCGGAACGUUUGCAGUCGAUGUCCAAGGAACAGUUGGUCUCUGAAGUCCUGACCCUGUCAAAGAGAGUGACUGAGCUGGAGGAAACACAGCAAACCGAAAACAGGUCAUCAGAUGGAGAGCAAAUGAAUGGACAUUCGAUAGAUGAAGACCCCUCGAUCAGAGCACGGCUAGAGAGUCUGGAUGAUUUGGAGCAUGAAGUGAAGCGGUUACGCGAAGAGAACACUGUCCUGAAAAAGGCACAUCAUCCUCAAGGACUUACAAAUUCAACUUAAAAGUAUUUGUCAUAUUUCAUUUGAAAAAAUAAACAUCACCCACCUGGCUGGACAAAUGGACAGUUUUACCUCUUUUUUUUUAAUGAUUGAUAAAGAUCAGUAAUAAAGGAUUUGAACUUGGGCCUAAUUAUGUACACAUUCCACAGGAAAACAUCUGCUCAGAAAAUACACAUUUGCAAGUGAGAUUGUUAUUCAUCUAUUCUUGAAAACUCUUUUGAGUUCAAAUGACAAUAAUGAGCCAAUAUUUAUUUAUACCAGUUUCACCCCAUUUUCAAUGGCUAUGUAUGGAUCCAACUGUAAUCUGUAUGGUGAUGGACGUUUGUGUCUGUUCCCCACUGGAUGAGAUUUUUGAAGAUUCUGUUUUGCAACAAGUUGAUUUUUAAUCCGUGAAGUUAAAACAUGCACAUGAUGACAAUGCAAUAUGAUAUAAACAAAUUGGUGGAUAAAUGUUUUUAAAUUUUGAGGACCAAAUGAGAAUGGAUAAGGAAUUAAAAUUACUCCCUCAAAACACUUUUUUAUGCCCUACAAAAAAAAGUUCAAGUUACUUAAAUAUUUUGAACAUUAAUAUCAAAGCCUUUUGACUUUGUAGUAUAAUGAUCCUGAAGAUGUAUAACUCCCUAGAGCGAGUGAAACAUCAAAAUUGGAGGAUUCAGGAUCGUUACUCAUUGCUGAAUACAAAAUAUUGCCCAAAUUACUUUUUUGUUGCUGAAAUUUAAAAAUGUUAAAUUCCGACUUUCCCCUGACACAUUUUGGUACAGAACAUGGGACUAUUGAUUUGAGUUGCGCAAUAAUUUAUCAGUUGAGUUGCGCAAUACAUACAUGUAUUUUCCCUUAUUAUUGAAGGAAAUGAUGCGUAUUGUCUGGGACACUUAUAUCAAUUGUCACAAUGUAUUUUGAUGUUGUAAUCUUUUAACAGUGGACACAAAAAUUUGACAAUAAAAGACAGUAAGAAAAUUUUGUAUUCAACAACAACGCCUUGAAUUUUGUGAUAAAAACUUUUGAUAUUUAUAUUCUCAGGAAAGUUAAGAAACAAAAAAAGACGAAACAUUUGUAUUCAACUGCCAAAAAAA